AUGGCUGUGCAGUUUAUACUUUGCUUUAACAAGCAAGGGGUGAUGCGGUUGGUAAGAUGGUUUGAUGUGCACAGUUCGGAUUCCCAGCGCAGUCAGGAUGCCAUAGCGCAAAUCUAUAGACUCAUAUCUUCUAGAGACCACAAGCACCAGAGCAACUUCGUAGAGUUCUCUGAUUCGACAAAACUCAUAUAUAGGAGGUACGCGGGUCUAUACUUUGUGAUGGGAGUGGACUUGCUCGAUGAUGAACCGAUAUACUUGUGCCACAUCCACCUAUUUGUGGAAGUGCUAGAUGCAUUUUUCGGCAACGUCUGUGAGUUGGACAUUGUUUUCAAUUUUUACAAGGCCUAUAUGAUAAUGGAUGAAAUGUUCAUUGGCGGAGAGAUACAAGAAAUCUCGAAGGAUAUGCUGCUAGAAAGGCUAAGUAUUUUAGAUAGACUAGACUAG